UUAUUUUGAAGGGCACUACUCCCUACGUCACCUCCGGAGGUUUUCUCCGUCUCCUCCGGUUGAUUCCUCACAACAUCAGCAGCGACUGGAAGCUAACGCUAACCCUCUAUUGUCAGUCCGUUUGUCUCAGCACACCCGGGGAGCACAGACAUGUCGGACACGGAGACAAAACCAUCCAGCCAAGACGGAGGGGACAAGAAGGAUGGAGAGUACAUUAAAUUAAAAGUGAUUGGUCAGGACAGCAGCGAAAUCCACUUUAAGGUGAAAAUGACGACACAUCUGAAGAAGCUGAAGGAGUCUUACAGCCAGAGACAGGGAGUCCCAGCGAGCACGCUACGGUUUCUGUUUGAAGGACAGAGAAUCGCAGACAACCAAACUCCAAAAGAGCUGGGGAUGGAGGACGAGGACGUCAUCGAGGUUUAUCAAGAACAGACCGGCGGACUUUGGAACGAUUAAACCUCCUGCAUUUCUAAAUCUUUUUUUUUUUUCUUUCUUUUUCUUUUCUUAUUUUGUAUUUUAUUUUGUAUGUACGUAUUUUUUGUUCCGUUUCAAACCAUCUGGAUCAAAACCGACUCUAUCAGGGCUUCCAUGUGCAAGGGCGGGUAGUGAAGAGACUGAGGUAAGGACGAGGAAAAGGACAAGCGGGUCUCUGAAGUGCAGGGAUGCUCGUGUUGUUGACCCGAGCAAUAGCGUUCGACGUGAGUGUUAACACCCAAAUUUACUCAGACAAACAUCUUGUUUGUGUUUUGUCUUUUGUGCUGUCUUUUUGGGGUGUCGGCAGAGGCGAAUAAUGCUGUCAAGGAACAUUAAAGGAAUAGUUCACCAAACAAGGAAAACGUUCAUCUGAUCACAAUUAUUCCGAUAUCACAGUUAUCAGCAGACAGUGAGUGAGUACAGCUUUGUGUCAGCCCUCUCCAAAAGAGUUCAAGUCUCUGUGAAUGUGUAACAAACACUGACAGUCAGAUGUCUCUCAACAGCCCCUGCUAUAAUUUAAGGGGGCUGAAGCCAAACAGUUGUUGAUCUCGUAGAUUUUUAGCGAAAACUUCAUCAUCUGUUGUUCAGCUUUCAGGCGGAUCUUCAGCUUUUUGUGGGUAUUUGACCUCAGACUGCCUGAGAACCAAAUGGCUUUAAAUUAGAAGUAAAAUUCUCACUAGAGACCUUUUUCACAGCAGCCUUUUAACAUGAUAUAGUAGGAUAAACACAGGCACUAAUAGCACUAAUUAAGGUUCCUCCCUGUAGGUCAAACAGUGGUUAGAUUUGUGUCGUAUAAUAUUUCUAAUCAAAGGAAUUAAACGCCUCUCGAAGGCGGAGUGCGUUCAGUGAUUGGAGUAAAUAAAACGAGUGUUAUUAGACGUUUUACGGUGGUAUCCUUGGCAACAACCUGUGUUUCGCUGUAAAAACAGAUUCAAAGAAUUGUUGAAACUGAUUACAUUGAUCAAGUAGCUUUAUUAUUUUUAUUUGUACUGUGAAAACAAAAGUAUAAAGUACUUAAUCAGGAACGUUUCUGUAACUGACAAAAGUUAAUGUGACGUAAAAUUACUAGUAAAAGCUGCUUAAUCAAGAAUCUUUUUUAACUUCCAGAGUUGAGUUUGUGUUCAAAUGUUCGAUGUGAGUUAAAGUAACAUCACAAUGUGUCUCGUGUCCAAAUGGCUGCCGUGUUAAAGGUUGAUGGGGAGCCGCCUGAGAACAGAUGGACUCCUUACGGGCUUUAAGUUUGAGGAGGCUGAUACAAAGCCGUGUCCGCUGAGCAGAUAAUGUCAGGAACAGAUUGUUGUUCCUUUUUAAAUUUGUGUUGGACGAGCAGUGACUAAAGAAACUGCUCGUGGGGCAGUUUGUUGAUGGUAACCUGUGUGUAACGUUCAGGGCAUUUAGCAGAGAGAGAGUUCACUCUGACACAAACAGCUGGAUCACUCUGGAACUCCUCCACUCGUCAUGAAAAGGAGUUCGUCAACAUUUGCUUCUGUAGAUUUGAAUCAUUUGCAUUUACAGCCUCUGUGUGCCAUGUUUAAACAGCUGCACCCGUGUAAACUCUGAUAAUUGACCUGGUAAUAUUUGAGAUUUUAAACACGUUUUUAAAUGAUAAUUGUGCUUUACUUGUAUAUGUUGUAUUCAGUAUUAGAGUGUGUUUGAAUGAUAUGCCAUAUGUAUCUCCAGUGUCGUCUUUUAUUUAUACCUGAGGGAUUCAUUCUGUAAUGAUAUAUCUGAAUAUAUACCCGUUAUGGAAACAUUCUGUUCCUCGCUGACAGUCGCACAGUAUUUUAAACGCUGUCCUCUACGAACCGUGACAAUGUGAUACUGUGCUGUCGGCGCUUGAUUUUAAAGUUUUCUUUUUGUGUUUGGAAUGAAACUCUUAAUCUGUAUGAAGUUCCUCAAGAAGGUUAAGAUCAUCAGCAGCCCCAAACUCGUGUCAUCCUCCAAAUUGCAGAGAUUGCUCGAACUCCCGAAGGAUGAAAUAACCAUACACACACACACACACACACACACACACACA